AUGGUAGCGCUGAAGUGCAUUCUGGGCCUUGUGGUCCUGCUGGCUGUCUCAGUUUGGGCUGAGGAAGAGGCUUUGAGUACUUCAGAGCGAAUUCAGAGAGCCAACAGAGAUAUUGUCCGUACUCCCGGUCAGCCCCUCAUAGAGGACGACAUCGCCUAUGAUUCUGAGGCCGAGAGAAACGCUGACUCCUGCACUCUCUACAGGGGUAACAACUGCAUGUGGCCGAAGUCUGCCGAUGGAAAGGUUUACGUUCCCUACACCAUUUCCAGCGUGUACUCCUCUCGUGAGGUGUCAAUCAUCGAGCGUGGUCUGCAGUCCUUCCACGAUUUCUCUUGUUUGCGCUUUGUCAGACGCACCAGCCAGAGCGACUACCUGAGGAUCCAGUCCCUUGAUGGGUGCUGGUCUUACAUCGGCCGUCGUGGUAAUACACAGGAUCUGUCCCUGCGUAGAUCUGGUUGUGUUUACCAUGACACCGUCCAGCAUGAGGUGCUCCAUGCUCUGGGCUUCCACCAUGAGCAGAAGCGCUCUGACAGGGACGAGUACAUCCGCAUCGUGCUGGAGAAUGUCACUCCUGGAAUGGAGCACAACUUUGACAAAGUCAGAACUCUGAACCAGGGAACCACCUACGACUACGGCUCUGUCAUGCAUUACCACCAGUACGCCUUCUCCAAGAACAACAAGCCCACCUUGGUGGGGAUCCCUGACCCCAACGUUGAGUUCGGCACGGCCCCUGAGAUGAGCGAGAAGGACAUCAUCAGACUGAACAGACUGUACUGCUGA